CAGUAGUUGUCUACAAGCUAUUGUCGUGAAGAUAAUAAACACAAUGAGACGAUUCAAAUUUGUUACACUAGCGUUGGCGAUUUUUGCAUUAGCAUUUGACUCUUUGGAAUGCGCGAAAAUACUCGCGGUUUUCCCCUUUAUGGGACCUUCCGAGUAUUUGGGCGUGCAACCGUUUUUGAAGGCUUUGGCGGCACGGGGCCAUGAAAUCACUACCGUAUCAGCGUUUCCACAAAAGACGUCAGUUAAAAGUUUUCGCGAUAUAACAUUAAAAAUUGAAAGCGUCAAUCCUUACGAGUUUGGCAACAGCCCAAUUGAUGAAAUAUCUGGGAGCAAAUUGUCAGAGAUGCGCCGUUUGAACGACUAUAUUGUGAUGGGUGCCUUGUCAGUAUUGACAAGUGAAGAUUUCCAGCAACUACUACGCUCCAACGAACAUUUCGAUCUCAUCAUUGUCGAAGUACUCUUUGUAGAAUCACUUUAUGCUUUGGGUCAUCACUUUAAGGCGCCCAUGAUUGGUGUUGCCACAUUUGGCACAGAUGUUGUAAUCGAUCAGUUGGUGGACAAUAUUUCACCGGUAGCGUACGUACCAGCACCUAGUGGAAAAAAUGUGGAUCGUAUGAAUUUCUGGCAACGAUUGGAUAAUUUAUAUAGUUACACAAUGGAACUGAUGUACAGUCAUUUAGUUACGAUUCCCCAGCAACAACAAUUAUAUGAAAAAUAUUUUCCAAAUGCCACAUUAAAUCUAAGAGAAAUACGCAGAGAUUUCGCACUUUUGCUGUUGAAUCAACACUACUCCUACAGUUGUCCGCGUCCGCUUGUGCCGAACGCUUUCGAAGUGGCUGGUAUGCAUAUCAAUAAUGAGCGGAAUAAACUACCAGCUGACAUGGAAGCUUUCAUCAACGCAUCUCCGAAUGGCGCAAUUUACUUUUCGCUCGGCUCAAAUGUGAAGAGCGCAUUUUUGCCCAAACAAAAAUUGGCUGCCCUUAUGAAUGCAUUUGCCAAACUGCCUGUGAAUGUGUUGUGGAAAUUUGAGAAUACUGACUUACCUGACAAGCCAAAAAAUGUUUACAUCAGUAAAUGGUUUCCACAAUCGGAUAUACUAGCACAUCCCAAUGUAAAACUCUUUGUCACACACGGUGGCAUGCAUAGUCUGAUAGAGGUGGUGCACCAUGGCAAGCCCUUUGUGGGUAUGCCCGUCUUCUAUGAUCAGCAUUUGAAUAUUGCACGCGCUGAAGCAAAAGGUUUGGGUGUGAAACUUAACUUAAAGGAGUUCACCAGCGAGGAGUUACGCAAUGCCAUUCUUGAAGUGUUGAACAAUCCAAAAUAUGCCGAGAAGGCAAAAGAGAUCUCAGCGAGUUUUCACGAUCGACCGAUGACACCGCUCGAUACGGCGAUCUAUUGGACAGAAUAUGUGCUGCGUCAUAAAGGAGCGCCGCAAAUGCGUGUGGCAGCGCGUCAUUUGAACUUCUUCCAAAGACACAGUCUGGAUACAAUGGCUGUGUUGUUCGGCGUUCCACUGCUUGCAGUGAUUUUAAUUGCUUUGGGGAUUCUUAAAGUGCUAAGUGCGAUAUUGAAUAAUAAUAGUAGUGCGCUGGGUAAGAAGCCGAAGAAAGAAUAGUUCAAAUUGUGAAGGGGAGUUUAGAAUUUUUCGGAAAAUUUUAAAUUAAAUAACUGCAAGAGA